GGCCGUACUAAGGCUGGGGCUGGGGCGGGAGUCGGAGCCAUUACUGCCGGAAGGGUCCUGCGGAGCUGAGCGGCCGCGAUGUGUGACUUCACCGAGGACCAGACCGCAGAUCUGAGCCCCAAGCACUGGAAUUCAAGGAGGCUUUCCAGCUGUUUGACCGAACAGGUGAUGGCAAAAUCCUGUACAGCCAAUGUGGGGACGUGAUGAGGGCCUUGGGCCAGAACCCUACCAACGCCGAGGUGCUCAAGGUCCUGGGGAACCCCAAGAGUGAUGAGAUGAACGUGAAGGUGCUGGACUUCGAGCACUUCCUGCCCAUGCUGCAGACCGUGGCCAAGAACAAGGACCAGGGAACUUAUGAGGAUUAUGUUGAAGGCCUUCGUGUGUUUGACAAGGAAGGCAACGGUACCGUCAUGGGUGCUGAAAUCCGUCACGUCCUUGUCACACUGGGGGAGAAGAUGACGGAGGAAGAGGUGGAGAUGCUGGUGGCAGGGCAUGAGGACAGCAAUGGCUGCAUUAACUAUGAAGGGUCUUGGUGCUGGUGUCUAGAAAUCUCACCAGCUUGUAGACAAGGCUUGCCUUAUGGUGGAUCUUUGGCUCUGGAGCAUGGAGAGCUGGCAGAGGGGGUCGGGUUGCUCGCCUCAUUCUGUUGCUAUAACAGACGGUUCUUUCUCCAUCCCUCUGCUGGACAGCUUGGAGGUACCCUAACCCCAAGCUGUCCUUCCUCCUGCCAGUGGCUGACAGUAGCUGUAGGAGUAGUUGAGAACUUUGCUGUCUCUGCUGUGUUCUUGCUGCUCAGCGUGGGGUGGGGGCUAACAGCUGGUGGGAGGGGAACCCUCAGGGACAGAGAACUGGUCACUCAAGGUGGCCCUUUUGCAAAGUGACCCCAAGGCUGGCUGCUGUGGGCAUGUUCCUCACGCCACCUUCAUGGUCUUGUAGUCUCUGGCCCAUGGUGUCCCCUCCCUAGCCCUUCCCUUGGCUUACCCCACCUCUCCUCU